GGGUCACCCAGUGCUACUGGGCUGGCUGGGCUCGGCUAUAAAACAGAGCCAAGGCAGCGCAGCCGGCUCAGAGGCGAGGCUGAAUUCUGCAGGCGACAAGGGACCCGCAGGCAGCCUCUGCUACCUCCUGCGUUGUUGUUUUUCUGGAAUACAGAACCGACCUCGGGAGCAAGAUGUGCAAGGGACUCGCUGCGCUGCCAGCCACUUGCUUAAAAAGUGCCAAAGAUAUGAAGCAUCGUCUGGGCUUCUUGCUGCAGAAGUCAGACUCCUGUGACUACAGUUCUUCCCAGGGCAAGAAGGAGAAAAUAUCUUCAAGCCAGAGGGUUAGCCAAGAGGAAAUCAGAAAGUGGGCAGACUCCUUGGAAAACUUGAUCCAUCAUGACAGAGGACUGGCUGCUUUCCGUGCUUUUCUCAAGUCUGAGUACAGUGAGGAAAACAUCGAGUUCUGGGUCAGUUGUGAGGACUACAAGAAAACCAAGUCACCAGCCAAGCUCAGCCCCAAGGCCAGAAAGAUCUAUGAUGAGUUCAUCUCGGUGCAGGCAAUAAAAGAGGUGAACCUGGAUUCAUGCACACGGGAGAAGACGAGCCACAAUAUGCUGGCACCUACGCUGUCCUGCUUUGAUGAGGCUCAGAGGAAAAUAUUCACCCUCAUGGAAAAGGAUUCCUACCGCCGUUUCCUCAAGUCCCCCUACUACCUGGACUUGGUCAGCCCACCUGGUGCUGGCUGCGGGCCUGAAAACUGCAAAAGAAGCCACACUCACACUUUAGACUGCAACUCCAACAUCAUCUCUCAGUGCGCCUGAGCCUGCAGCAAGGCAGGAACGGGCUGGGCUCUUGUAAGAAUAUACGGCAGCAAAAGCAUUCAUUGGCAUGAAGCAACAGAGCUGUCUCCAAUAGCUGUCUAAUGUCUCAGUUGUAUCCCAUGUCGUGCGACAGCCAGCAUUUGUAACCCAAGCCAGGCUCAGUUUGUGUAGCAAACCCUCCUCUGACCCACCGGUGUAGGACCCCGGAGUCUGUGUCUGGCGUGGAGGCUGGGGGCAGGCACUGCAUGUCUGCUGGGCUCCUGGGGAGCCGAGCGAGCCCCGGGGCCGGGGGGGAGCACACACUCAGCACCAGCACUGCCCAGCAAGGGGCCAGGCUGCAGUGGGACACCUCGCAAGGGGCAGGGGCCAGAGGAAGCCAAGGGAGGCGUUGGGGACUGUGAUCUCCCCUUUCCAAUCAGCAAAAGCUUAGAUAGAAAGGACUUGCUCUGGUCCUUAGCUGUUCAUAUAGCUCCCAAAUGUCUCAGCUCUCAGUAGUAUUUGCUCAGAACUCAGGCUGUGCCACAUUACAGUAGUCAGACAUUGGGAGAGCUCCUACUCUUUCUUGAAGGGAGACCCGAACUUCUCAGACAAACAGCCUCCCUCGAUCACCACAGCCACAAUCGCUGGGAAACUCUCCCCUCUCGCCGCUUCUCCCUCCAUAGCAUCUAGCUUAUGCUGGCCAAGGAUCUUUCCUAGGGCUGUACAGAGCUAUUAUUUGGGGGGGGUGGAGUUAUGGUUUCAUAUGUUAUUAAAUGUGUCCUUCAUGCUCCCAGGUUAAAUACUGUAGCUGAGCAGAAGAGAAAUGUGUUCCUUCUCUCCCAGGCUGGCAAGUGUAUAUUGCUGACUCUGGAGUGCCAUUUGGAUUAGAAGUUUGCCUGCCCUGGCUUGUAUGGAGCAGUUUGUGAUGGAGUAGGACCACAAGCACAACAGCUGGGGAAGAAGGGGAGUACUUGAAAAUGUCUUUUUUUUUUUUUUUUUAAUGUUAUUUAUGUGAGUUUGUAUUUCAGUAGUAGCAUGACUCACUUUUUUCCUGAAGAUGGGAGGAGAAAUGUGUCAGUCUCAUUACUGCUCCUGGGCUCUGCCAGAAGGCAGCUUUUUAAGCACUGCAGCUAGACAUGGCCUUCACUGGGGGCUUUGGGACUGCCACUGACCUGCCGCUGGAGGCACAAGAAAUAGAUGCAGAGCUUGCUGUCUUGGGCUACACUACCGGGUAUCGCGCUCUCCCCCAGCCCUUGGGCUCCCCUUAGUUGGAUAUUGCUGCUCUGACAACUGUGUAUUCCUCGCUCUGCGUCCCAGUCCAGACAACAGUGCUCACACCGGGGUUCUGACGUGGCAGGAGGAGGCUGUGGUUCUCCAGUAGGUACUUCCAUGCCCACAGAGAAGCAUCUCUUCUAACAUUUGCAACAUUUUGUAUUUAUUCAGUUGUACUGACACAUACCACCCUGCAUGUUCAGCUGAAGUGGAGAGGCUUGCUGAAGCUCUGAACAUAGCCAAGCAUGUGGUUAUGUUUUAUUUUCCCCUGGUACUGGGAACUUGAUAACUAUUGCAAAAACUGUAUUGAUAUUUAAAUAAUGAUGAAAACAUUCUAAAUAAAAAUGUUUGCAUUAGUCCCUUCUAAAA